AUGGCGAAAGAGAUGUGGCUCAAGGAGAGCGAGAGGGCCUCGAAGCUUGCAGAUGACCUAGACAUUGCCGAGAGAACCAUCGCACUCCACGAGGAGGCGAUUUUGGGUAGCAAUGCGGAGCAACGGCGACUACAGCAGGAGCUGCAUGGCCUGCAGCGGCUGCUUUUCACGGCACCUGCUGCAGUACAAGCAGCAGCAACAGCGCGGCCUGCAGCUCUUGGGGGCCGCGCUGACGGACACAAAUCUAAAGCAGCAGCAUCAGCAGACAGGGCUCUCUCCCCUGGGCGCUGCAGCACCGCAAGUUCUUUGCCGGUCGGGCUGGCGGGCGACUUGCACCGGGGAGUUCGCAGCAACGGGAGGCAGCUGCACCGGCAGCAGCAGCAACAGGACCACCUGUUCAGCAGCAGUGCUUGUGUAGAGUCCGUCACGGACACAAUAGAAGAGCCCCUUGCAGCUGGAGAGUCGGCGGCCUGGCGCUUUGCCGUAGGUUGCUUUGCUGCUACAGCUGUUGCUGCUGCUCGUGGUGGCACUGCUGCUGCGCUGCCAUUCUUGUCGCUAUUGCUUCUGCUGCUGCUGUGCUCCUUGGUGGCUGGCGUUACUAGGGUGUUCAUUGUUUGGUUGCUGCUGUUGCUGCUGCAGCAACGCGGACUUGGAACAGAUUCGUCGGAAAUGGCGGCAGCAGGAGUUGCUACUGCAGCGGCACCGGAAGAGUCUUUGUGUCCCAUGCCGCAUGUUGCUGCAGCGAGGUCUAUGGACACCGGCUUUCUGCCGCUGCUGUUAACAGACAGUGGGGUGCUUUUAGAGGAUGAGACGCUGCAGAUUGGAGUGCAGAAGACAAUAAAGGGCCUGUCAGGCCGCAUAAGCAUUUACUUCGGCAACAAGAGGAGCAGUAUGCUGCAGCAGUUCUGUUGUGAAUUGCUGCUGCCAGCAAAUGGCGGGUUGCUGCUGCAGCCAGAGGACCCACAGCGGCAGCUCCAGUAUCUCAAGGGCAGGGAACAGGUGGCCCAUCAUUUGCUGCUGCAGUGCGUGGAGCCCUUCGACUACUGCCCAAUGAUGCGCGUCUCUUUCUUGAUGCCCGAUGCCACACCCUGGAGGCGCGAGGUAUUUAUUCCUCUGUCUUUGUCGCGGUUUGUCGAGGGCCAUCAAAUGGGCGCAGACGACUUCUACCAGCUUUGGAAUUUGCAGCACUUCGCACUAAACGAAACUGCGUGUGUGCUCAACCUCCACCCCCAACUCCAGGGUUCAAUGCUUUCACUCGUGCGGCGCCUGCAGCUAGGCGGUGCUCUAGCUCUCUGCGCUGCAGCGGGCGAGAGCAACGCACAGACUCUGGCUGUGGCUGGCAGCAUGCAGCGGCCUUCAGGAAACGUUUUGCCGCAGCAGCAGAAUGAGCAGCAGCAGCAGCAACAGGAAGAGCAACAGACACGACCUGUCGUUCGUCUCGUUGUUUUGGCCCGGCUAGAGCUGGGGUCGGGCCAGCAACAGGGCCGCGCCCGUCUGGUGGUGCGGGCGAGCGACGGCGUGCUGAGCUCGGCCAUUCGGUCUGAGGUGUAUGCACAGCUGGCGAGGGCCCCCAUAGCGUCUUGA